CAGCAAGUUAUACAGAUGAACAUUCGUUGACCAAAAAAUAAAGAUAUAGAUAAAAAUUAAAAACUUGAGAUGAUUUUUCAAAUUUUUUUUUUUUGGGUGCUAUUUUGGGUGAACAUUAGCAUGAAUGGACCAUCUUACAUGUACCACACUAUGCUAUACACCUGUAGGUUAACCUGUAUAACAUAUCAAAUUCUUGAAUAACACAAUUUAAAAAGAAAAAGAAAAAAAAAGUUAAGUGAAAUUGAUGAUCUAAGGAGACAGGGCUUAGUUGUACUCCAAGUGUGAAGGCGAUAUCCAUGUACACGAUAUUGAAAAGCCCCUCCAAAUAAAUGGUUCAAAACUCACCUCUCCCUUUUUUUCCAUUUAUAUAGCGUACAAAAACAGUUGCAACUCACAUGCAUCAUCUCAAACAUUUCACUGCCUCUUUCUCCACCAACCUUCACAAGAAUAUUGCAACAUAAACACUACUUUUCACGUUCUCUCAUCAUCAUCAUCAUCAUCAUAUUAUAUCCAUUUUCUAGAUCUUCUUCCCCAAAAAACCAUUUUUUGCCCCAACCCCAUUUCAUCAUUUUCCGAUCAUAAUCAACCUUCUUGGUUUUCUUGUCCAUGGCGGCUCAAGAAGAAGACCGUGAAGCAAGAAAGGUCCAAUAUCCAUUGGACCCCAGCUCUUAUCAGAUUCUUGGCGAAAUCGGUGUCGGUGUCAGCGCAAUAGUGUACAAAGCACUCUGUCUGCCAAUGAACUCUUCGGUGGUAGCAAUCAAAGCCAUAGAUCUCGAUCAAUCUCGAGCCGAUUUCGACAAUGUUCGACGUGAAGCGACGACCAUGUCACUUCUUUCUCAUCCAAACAUUCUGAAUGCACACUGUUCUUUCUUGGUGGACCGUCGUCUAUGGGUUGUGAUGCCGUUUAUGUCUGCUGGUUCUUUACAGUCCAUAAUCACAUCUUCUUUCUCUGAUGGUUUAACCGAAUCAUGCAUCGCGGUUGUGCUCAAAGAUAUCUUGAAUGCUUUGUCUUAUCUUCAUGAUCAAGGCCAUCUUCACAGAGACAUCAAGGCCGGGAACAUUCUUAUAGAUUCGAAUGGCUCUGUGAAACUAGCAGAUUUUGGUGUUUCUGCAUCAAUCUAUGAAUCGAACGCUGCUCGUGGGUGGUACACAAUGUCAUCGGCUUCGUCCUUGAUGCUCACCGAUUUCACGGGAACUCCAUAUUGGAUGGCGCCGGAGGUGAUACACUCACACAAUGGAUACGGUUUCAAGGCUGACAUAUGGUCUUUCGGAAUCACUGCAUUAGAAUUGGCACAUGGACGACCUCCUCUGUCUCACCUCCCACUUUCCAAGUCGCUGCUCUUGAAGAUAACGAAGCGUUUUCGCUUCUCGGACUACGAAAAGCACAAGAAAGACAAGCAGAAGAAGAAGAAGUUCUCGAAGGCUUUUAAAGACAUGGUUGCAUUGUGUCUCGAUCAAGACCCAACUAAGAGGCCAACCGCAGGGAAACUCUUGAAGCAUCCGUUCUUCAAGAAUAGUAAAGGUUCAGAUUUUCUUGUCAAGAAUGUGUUGCAGGGUCUACCCAGUGUUGAAGAAAGAUUCAUUUUGCAGUCAAUGAUCAACAAGAAUGGUCAUGACGAUGAAGAUGAUGAUGUAGAAGAUGGGCAAAACGUAAAACACAGAAGGAUCAGUGGAUGGAACUUCAAUGAAGAUGGUUUUGAACUCGACCCUGUAUUCCCAACCGAGUCCAAAGAACCUUCUAAUGCAAAACAAGUCCGGUUUGGUGGGGAGACUUUCAUUCGUAAUAAGGGAGGCGAGUCCGGUGAGUCGAGCCCGAGUUCAACGGGUCAUAUUCGAGAGGAGAACCAAGUUGACAUUCAUGGUGAAAACGCAAGUGUUCAGAACAGGGACUCGAAUCCGAGCUCAUCAGGUAAAGUGGGUGCUCAUUGUGAAGCGGCAAGUGUUCAGGACAGGGGAAGUGAACCCUCCGGGUCAAACCCGAAGUUAUCGGGUCAAAUUGAGGAGGAUGCCAAAGUUCAAGUGGGUACUCAAUGUGAAUGUUCAAGUGUUCAGGACAGAGGAGUUGAACCGGGUGGGUCAAACCCGAGUUCUUUGGGUCAAGUUGAGGUUGGUAUUGAUAGGGAGUCAAUGUUGAGGAAUCUACUACUGUUGACCAAGAGCUUGGAUGAGCAGAAGAAGAAGGUGGUUGAUCUGAUUGUUUUGCUGGGAGGUGAGGAAGUAGCAGAAUUAAGCAGAGAUGAUCAAAUGGUGCAACUGAUUGAAAAGUUGAAGAUGGACUUGGAGUUUGAGAAGAAGAAGAACUUUGAAUUGGAAAUGGAAUUGGAGUUUCUGAGGCUGCAGAUACAUGGACCACCAAGUUUAGAGACUUCCUUGCAGAAUUAAAAAAUGUGAUGCAAAAUUUGGUAGUCUCUCAUAGUUUGGUAGCAUAAAAUUGUAUGGUUUUCACUUGAAAAUCCUUGAAUCUGGCAUCUUGGUAAAGGAAAUGGGCAAAAGUGACAAGGCAUUAUUUAGAGGCUUUUCAUGCAUUUUCUAGACAAGCUUUCCUUUAGUGCCAAUCAAGUAGAUUUUAUAUGAAGUAGACGAUUAAUAACUCCCUUCACUUUCUUUUCUUUUUUAAUUUUUUUAAGAAUAACUAUAUACAUAUAUACGGUGGUUAAGAAAAAUGUGCUAUAGAUACUUUUCGUUACUCCAUUUAUAUUGUCUUCUUCUAUGGUGCUUCGGCUACUAUGCCUCAACUCUGCCUCUAUCUUAGCUCUUUUUAUAAGUUUAUGUGUUUUUUUACGUUUGAUUUCGUUACCAAAAUUAAAAAAAUUUAAGAAAACCUAAAACCAUUACAAAUUUAAAAUGCCUCAAAUUCAUUUAUGCCAUAUUAAAAAAAAAAAAAAAAGGGUUAUACAAGUGGAAAUGCUUGAAUUUGGCAUCUUUGUAAAGUAAUUGGUAGCAUAGAAUUGUACCUUUUUUUACCUGAAAAUGCUUGAAUUUGGCAUCUUUAUAAAGUAAUUGGCAAAGACAGGUCACAGGACAAGGCAAUUAUCAGGGGGCUUUUCCUGCAUUAGCUAUAGACAAGCUUUCCUUUAGUGUCGAUAAGUUAGGUUAUGUGUAAAAUAGACAAUUAUGAAGUAGGAUCCUCUUGCUUUUUUUAAUUAUCUUUUUUAUGUUUAUUUGUGUUUUGACUUUUAAUCUUCACCGUUAAUUAUUAAUCCGAUGUAUAAUAUUAAACAAGUUGAAUAAAAAUUUAUAUAUAUAUAUAUAUAGUUUAAUUUGAUAACAAAUGGACUGUUGUCUGAUAUCUUCUUCUACUACCAAUAAGCAUGAUGAUAAUAUUACUAAUAAUAAUAAUAAUAAUAAUAAAUUGAGAACUAGUGCUCGCAGGGGUAAUGGGUCAAACACGGGUGGCGUGUUUUCCCAAUUGGGGGAGAAUUGGACUUUUCCUUUGCUUUCCAACUAACCAAACAGGUCUUCUCAGGUAAAACUUGGGCGGCUUCAUUAAACUACGAAUACCUCAAAUUCCUUCCCUUUAUUAUUUUAUUUUUUUUUUAAUUUUUUGUUUCUCUCAUUUUCUAAGUCCCAACCAACGAAAAACAAUCCCAAUUCCAUAUCCGAACCCUGCAGCCGUUUAAUCCGUCGUCCUCUCAGCGGCGUCGAAAAUGUCGAUGGUAUCCGAUAUUUUCCUCCAAAUAGUUCUCGGACUCCUCACCAUCAUAUUGUUCUCGUCUGUCCAUGGAAUUCCCCAGAAACUCCUUGCCAAGCUUCGCAACCGCGACCGACCCCAGUUCCAAUCCAAGCGUCACUUCGUCGUCGGAGCUCAGCUUCUCGCCCGAUCCAGAUCCGCCAAGUCUCGCUCGGCUUCCACUCGGUUAGCCAAAGAAGCCGAAGCCGAAGCCGAGAAAGCCAUCGCGCUUGACCCGAAAGAUGCCGCUGCUCACAUCCUCAAGGCUUUGGCUCUUGACCUCCAAGGCUUCAACACAUCUGCGCUCGAUUCCCUCGACGUUGCUCUCUCCCCACUCGCCAUCAAAUCUCUCGAAGAUGAGGAGCGUGGGGACGCGCUGUGCAAGCGUGCCGAGUUGAAAAUGGCCGUGAAUCAGCGCGGCGGCGGCCGGGUUGACUCGGCGCUGGACGAUCUGACUCAGGCCUUGGAAUUGAUUCCGAAGAAAGGGAAUGCUUUUUACCUGCUUGGUAAGUGUUAUGAGGAGAAGAAGAUGAAGGAGGAGGCUUUGAAGGCUUACGAGGAUGCCUUGGCCGCUGAGCCCCGGUUCACCGUCGCUCGGGAAGCUCUGGACCGGUUAAGUUCCUAAAUCGCGAGCCGGUUUGGCCACGCUAAAGCCGCUGGAAUUGGGGUAUGUCGGGAACUAUAACUGGCUGAUCCGCGGUUAUAUCGAUUUAAUCAUAUCUUCUGCAUUCUUCCAUCUCAAGCAAUUUGCAAGUACUUGGCUAUAUAUAUCCUUCAAAUGCUUGCCAUGAAAAGAAGGAUUUGAGAAAGGAGGCAGGUAUCUUUUUUGCAAGUUAUUAUGUCCAAAUCCUAUGAUGUUUGAUGUGCAAUACUAAUUUAGGCAUUGGACUACGACUGCAACUCUCCUUUUGAAAAAAACUUAAAAACUUUUAAUAUGCUUAGCCAUGCUGUGAAUGCUUUAUACACAGGUCUGGAACCCGCUGGGAAUAGUCAGUGUGAUGACUGCUUUCAAUUUCCCAUGUGCUUGUCUUGGUGCCCUUUACUUAAUUCUGUAAUCAUGGUAUCAUAUUUUGCUUUCGGACGGAAUGCUGCUUUGAGUUUUUUCUGCAGAGAUUAUUUUGUGUGGUAAAUUUGUGAUGUAUACUUUGGUAUGAUCAAUGACUUCAAACAAACUAUUGUAUAACAUAUUUUUCUCACAACCUGUUUAUUAUCA